UCGGAAAGCGAGGGAACAGUGCGCGCCGCGCUCCGCCCAGCUCCGUUCCGCUCCGCAGAGCCAGUGCGGACGGGGCGCGGGGAGGGCGGCAGUCGGUCAGGGCCUUCGCGCCACGCGCUCCCUCCGCCUCGGCAUCUGGGCCUCGGGGUGGCUCCCCAGAGCCCCGAGCGAGCGAAGAGCGGGAGCAGGGUUGGGACUGACGGCGAGGGAGGGAACGAGGAGCCAGCUGAGCCGCGUGCGCCGGCGCGCGCAGCUCCGGGUCCCCCCAGCCCCGGCCCGGGGCCUGUCGCCGCCUGACUCCAGUUGCCCUCGGGAAGGACGGUGCACCCACGCCCCGUCGUGGACCACGGUCACUCGGCGGUAAUCCAGGGGCUGAAUCCACGCGACGGUCCACGCGGGACAGGCCUUUGGAUGAGAAAGAGCUGACAGGAGCCGAACCCCACCUUCUCUGUGUGCUGGGGAACAGGGCUACACAGCCCCGGUGGCACCCAUGCCGAAGAACAGCAAGGUGACACAGCGCGAACACAGCAAUGAGCAUGUCACCGAGUCUGUGGCUGACUUGCUGGCCCUCGAGGAGCCUGUGGACUAUAAGCAGAGUGUACUGAAUGUGGCCGGCGAGACAGGUGGCAAGCAGAAGGCAGCGGAGGAGGAGCUGGAUGCAGAGGACCGGCCGGCCUGGAAUAGCAAGCUACAGUACAUCCUGGCCCAGAUUGGCUUUUCUGUGGGUCUUGGCAACAUCUGGAGGUUCCCCUACCUGUGCCAGAAAAAUGGAGGAGGUGCCUACCUGGUACCAUACCUGGUGCUGCUGAUCAUUAUUGGCAUCCCUCUCUUCUUUCUGGAGCUGGCUGUGGGCCAGAGGAUCCGCCGUGGCAGCAUCGGUGUGUGGCAUUACGUGUGCCCCCGCCUGGGGGGCAUCGGCUUCUCCAGCUGUAUUGUCUGCCUCUUCGUUGGGCUGUACUACAAUGUCAUCAUUGGGUGGAGCGUGUUCUACUUCUUCAAGUCCUUCCAGUACCCGCUGCCCUGGAGCGAAUGCCCUGUCAUCAGGAAUGGGACUAUGGCAGUGGUGGAGCCCGAGUGUGAGAAGAGCUCAGCCACUACCUACUUCUGGUACCGAGAGGCCUUGGACAUCUCCAACUCCAUCUCAGAGAGUGGGGGCCUCAACUGGAAGAUGACACUCUGCCUCCUUGUGGCCUGGAGCAUCGUGGGCAUGGCUGUGGUCAAGGGUAUCCAGUCCUCUGGGAAGGUAAUGUAUUUCAGCUCCCUCUUCCCCUAUGUGGUGUUGGCCUGCUUCCUGGUUCGGGGGCUGCUGCUGCGAGGGGCAAUUGACGGCAUCCUGCACAUGUUCACCCCUAAGCUGGACAAGAUGUUGGACCCCCAGGUGUGGCGGGAGGCAGCCACCCAGGUGUUCUUUGCUCUGGGGCUGGGCUUCGGAGGUGUCAUCGCCUUUUCCAGCUACAACAAACAGGACAAUAACUGCCACUUCGAUGCUGCCCUGGUGUCCUUCAUCAACUUCUUCACCUCGGUGUUGGCCACCCUCGUGGUGUUUGCUGUGCUGGGCUUCAAAGCCAACAUCAUGAAUGAGAAGUGUGUGGUCGAGAACGCUGAGAAAAUUCUAGGGUACCUCAACUCCAACGUCUUGAGCCGUGACCUCAUUCCACCCCACGUCAACUUCUCACACCUGACCACCAAGGACUACUCCGAGAUGUACAACGUCAUCAUGACUGUUAAGGAAAAACAGUUCUCAGCCCUGGGUCUGGAUCCCUGCCUCCUGGAGGAUGAACUUGACAAGUCUGUGCAGGGCACAGGCCUGGCCUUCAUCGCCUUCACUGAGGCCAUGACACAUUUCCCGGCCUCCCCCUUCUGGUCUGUCAUGUUCUUCCUGAUGCUCAUCAACCUCGGCCUGGGCAGCAUGAUCGGGACGAUGGCGGGAAUCACCACACCUAUCAUCGACACCUUCAAGGUACCCAAGGAGAUCUUCACAGUGGGCUGCUGUGUCUUUGCAUUCUUCGUGGGGCUGUUGUUCGUCCAGCGCUCCGGAAACUAUUUCGUCACCAUGUUCGAUGACUACUCGGCCACCUUGCCACUCACCGUCAUUGUCAUCCUUGAGAACAUCGCUGUAGCCUGGAUUUAUGGGACCAAGAAGUUCAUGCAGGAGCUAACAGAGAUGCUGGGCUUCCGACCCUACCGCUUCUAUUUCUACAUGUGGAAGUUCGUGUCCCCAUUGUUCAUGGCUGUUCUCACCACAGCCAGCAUCAUCCAGCUGGGGGUGUCGCCUCCAGGCUACAGUGCCUGGAUCAAAGAGGAGGCUGCGGAGCGCUACCUGUACUUCCCCAACUGGGCCAUGGCACUGCUGAUCACCCUCAUCGCCGUGGCAACCCUGCCCAUCCCUGUGGUGUUCAUCUUGCGGCACUUCCACCUGCUCUCCGACGGUUCCAAUACCCUCUCUGUGUCCUACAAGAAGGGCCGCAUGAUGAAGGACAUCUCUAAUCUGGAGGAGAAUGAUGAGACGCGCUUCAUCCUCAGCAAGGUGCCCAGCGAGGCUCCCUCACCCAUGCCCACCCACCGCUCCUAUCUGGGGCCCGGCAGCACAUCGCCCCUGGAGAGCAGCGGCAAUCCCAACGGACGUUAUGGAAGUGGCUACCUCCUGGCCAGCACCCCUGAGUCAGAGCUGUGACCACUGCGCCAUUCUGUCCGCCUCCCCUCUAUACCCAACCUGCCCACUUGGCUGGGCCUGGUCUCUUCCUCCAUGGUAGCCGCCAGACCCAGGCCAGUCCAUGGAGAGAGGAUCUGCCCGGCCUUGUUCCCCACCCAAGUCCCAGCAGACUCCCUACCUAUGAGCAGGGGACUGGGGACAAUUCCAUCCCCUCGUCCAGGCCUCCACCCCAUGUAACUUUUUGAGAACUCUUGCCAAGUUGCAACCAUGUAACCACAACAACCCCAGUAUGGGGGAACUUCAAGUGGGCACUUUAGGAGUCGCCACCCCCUCUCCCUGUGAAACCUACCACUUGCAGUUCUCAGGUCUUGGGGAGGUUCGCUCUGUGCUAUUGGUAUUGGUGGUAGUGGGCAGAGGCUUCAGGGCCGAGGGCACAGGAGGUAGACUUUAGCCCAGUCUGCCGUAAGGACAGAACGUAUCAUCCUGUCAGCCCAGCAUGGCUGCUCCUGAGCUAAGAUGGGGAUAGGGACACGUGUGUCAGGGAACUCCUCAGUUCUAUCUUACGAGAUAGGCGGUACCCUCUGGCUUGAGCGAGACGCUGAGCACUGAAAGGAAUGCUCCACGGCCAGCUCAUGGAAUCUUUGGAAUGACUCUGUUUCUCCUACCAGGGGCAGAUGGGGUAUGUUCCUGAUUCUGCCUGGAAGCAUGGUGAAGGGAGGGGUCACCUUAACUAGGGUUUAGCCAUUUUUGAUCUCCACUAUCCAGCCUGGAGCCAGGGGCGGUGGUCUUGGCCUCUGUCCCAGGGAGAAAAGGGGCAGCGCCAGGCGAGGUUUGCAGAGCACAACCUAAGGGCCCCAGCACAACCUAGGUUCGGAGCACAAGUGGAACACUCUCUUCCACUCUCACCCGGAGCUCGCUUUCCUCGUGGCAGCUUCUCUCCUGGAAUGGGGGUCCCUGGAGUUCAGGGCCGUGUCACCAGGAACCCUCGUUUCUAGGGAAAGACAGGUCAUUUCACUGCCCCUUUGGGCUGCCACUCCCUCUCCCUGUUGCACAAGCACAGCCACAAGUGUGCACCUCGUGUGAAGACACCUUGGAAACUUCCUCAAACUCCCCCAGUCUGUUCAGAGACAUGGCACAGGUAAUUCUGGGCAGGAUGGAGGCUGCCGGGGGUGGAGGGCAGUGGCAAAGCAAAGAGCCUCUGGUUUUAGGCCCCGAAGAAAGGUAUAGCCUCUGGUAGUGUCCCUGUCCUUCUAUCAAAGCCCCCCUGGGAGAGGGACUGUUUCAGAGCAGCCUUUAAGGACUCAGAAACUGACCUGAGAAUCAGGGUAUCUCUCUGCAGUAUGACCUCAGAGAGAUGGUGUAUGGAUAUAUAUAUCCAUAUAUGUGUGUAUGUGUGAAUGUGUAUAUAUAUGUAUGACUGGCAGACUAGGAUGGAUGGAUGGAUGGGUGGAUAUAUAUGUAUAUACACACAUACAUAAAUGUAUAUAUAUGUAUGUAUGUGUGUGUGUAUAUAUAUAUGUGUAUAUGUGUAUAUAUAUAUAUAUAUAUAUAUAUAUAUAUAUAUAUAUUCCAAAGUUUUGGUGGACAGGAACUGACCUGAGUAACUUCCAGAGGUUCCUGGGGUCAUUUUCAUGGCCCUGACUUCCCUCAGUACUGAGAGGGGCAGACUAGACCCAGGUGCCCACUUUCUACUCCUAUGCCUACUGGUUCCUUCCCUUCCCAGCCUGAGAGGUCCAUCCCCCCAGCCUGCCAUCUCUCUCGUUCCCCAGUUCCUCAUGCCUUCCCUCCCGUCUAGCCUUCUCCAUUCCACCUGCCCUAGUAUUUGAGGUGAGAGGGAGUCCGAAUCUCCCUGAAGAGAUGCGCUUUGGGGGUGCGGCAUCCCAUCCUUGGCCCCCUCACCUGACAACACCUCCUCCCUGGCCCCGUGCCUAGUCCCGAGCAGAAUUAGAAAACAGGAAGUGCAGGCCCCAGCGGACUCCACUAUCUGUACUCCUCUCUAUGCUAUUUCUAUUGUGCAUUCAAUCUGUCCAUGUGGGUGUCCUUGCUGUGAAAUGACAAACCCCAUAUUAUACUGCGGCUGGUGGGCUAUUUUCAUCCUCAGUGCUGUACAGAUCUAUUUUCAUUGUGUAUUUGAUAUAUUUUUAAUUUUGUAGCGUGGCUGGGCCAGGCCCCAGCCUGUGAGCCUGCAGUGAGUGGGGGGAGGGGAACUGAGCUGAGGCUGUUUGCUUAUGUAUUGUGGGCUCUGUAGUGUUUGUUGUAGCCUUUAGCCGUAGGCCGGAACCUGUCCUGGUUGGACAUAGGUCCUAGAGCACGUGCUCUCUUUCUUCGUGAGCGUGUGUGAGGAGUGUGUGUGUGCGUGUGUGUGCGUGUGUGUCAUGUUGGUAGGUGUGAGUGCAUAAGGUGCUGAUCUGUGAUUCUCCCACCCACCCACCCACCCACCCAGUGUUCACCACCUUCUGAAGACCUGGGUCUUCCUCUCAGCUCUAUGGGGAGGCCUCAGGACAGACUCUUCAGAGAGCACUAGCUAUGGGGAAAGGCUUGCUUCCCACAGGUGACUCAUGUCUCAUGUCCUUACACGGAAGGAGGGCCUUGGGUGGCGGGGGAGCCCUAUUUAUUUUCCAGCCAACCUUCUGUUGUUCACCCUGGAGGCACUCGGUCUUCAGCAGACAGCACUGGGUUUCUUAGGACAGCUGUCUGAGGGAGGCAUCUCUCUGCCUUUCUGUCCUGUGUUUGACCUUGAAAGAGUCCUGAGUACCCAGAAAGCAACAGCUGCUCCUUAGACCUCUGCUGGCUCCUCAGGAGAGAUGAGGUGAAGUCUCCUGACACUGACGAUUCAGCCCCAGCUUCCUUGGAGGACCUGGCAGUGAGGACCAGGGUCCCCACUGCCGCUGGUUAGUGCUGCCCAUACAGUGCCCACCAGAAGACAAGGGGUUUCGGGGGCUGUGAGUCAACUGAGUUGGGGCAGGGCAGAGGUACACCUAAGGAUUCCCUGUUCUGCCUGUCCCCCAGCCCCAAUCACCAGCCUCUUGCUCGGGGAGCGUGAAGCCUGAGGCCCAGUUUGGGUGGUGGGGGAGACGUGAGACACCCAAGGGAAAGCAGGUGAGGUUGGCAUCUGCCAUCAAGCAAUAAAUCUUCAGGGGCUGCCGCUUUUUAAGUGCCAGGAAAUGCCCUCCAGAGGCAGCCUGUGUGAGCCCUGAGGCUGUGAGCCAGCCCCACGCAGGCCUGCAAGUAUUAACAGGUAGGGACUGCCCUUCUUCCUUUCCUUAUCGUACCCCACCCCCAACCAGAGUAGGCCCCACUGUGAAAAGGGAAUGAGAGCGAGGAGGUCCAAUACACCUGUGACUCUGUGCCCUGCUGGUCCCUCCCCUUAGGUCUGAAAGGGCAGGGAACUGGGGGAGGAGGGCCCAGGGUCAUUUCUCAUGAGAAGUCCUGCUUUAAACAGACCUAAACACAUAUCAGGCAGUCUCUUCAGGGCCAGGCACAGGUUCAGAGCAGUUGGAAUCCAUGUCUCCUGGACUGGCCAGAGCCCUGAGUCAGGAUACUCAGCCCAGGAGAGGGGAUGAGGCAUUGCCACCCCAGGGCCCCUCUUUCGUCUCCCCUACCCUGGUGUACAAUAAAGUGUCUGUUCUUACCA